UUUUGCAUGUUGUUGAUGUGGGAAAUUUGAACAUUCUUCUGUCACAGAUAUCAUCUCCUUCAGUAAGGACUCCAUUAGUCUACAGGAGGGAGAACAGCUUGAAGUCCUGUGUGCAGAUUCCAGUUCAAGUAAAUUGCAGAUCUACGCAGGUCCUGACGUUUUCGGAAUGUGUUCGGUGAUAUUGGUACCGAUGUGAUGUGCGAAGAUAACAGUUGAACUUGUAGAACAGUAGAAGAAGGAACAGGGAUAUUUAUCAAAGGAUUUCCUGUAAAUCAACUCCUUUGGGCUUCUGAGAAUGUCCCAGGUGAACAAUAGAGUUUCAACCACACUGCCAUGGGUUAUUCUGCUGAUCACCACCAUUAUCUGUUCUUGCAAUGCCGACUCGAACGGAAUCUGUCCGCAGUUUAGCAUCCCCAAUGGUGCUGUGACCCAACAGGGUAGCUUGAUCGGAAUGAAUGCAACUCUGGUCUGUGAUCGGGGCUACCGCAUCGAUGGAACUCAGCACUACACGUGUUCCCUGCUGAGAAACAAUGGCCGCUGGAUUGGGGAUCAGUAUUGCGUCCCAAUCCCUACCUACUGCAGACAUCUGAUAGUGGAGAAUGGGGAUAGCACCACCUACAGUCGCGGCCUCUCCCUGGGGAGCAUAGCCACAUUUAGCUGUGCGCCAGGAUACGCGCUAACGGGCGACAUGAAUUUCCAUUGCCUGGAGCAUAGCGCCACGCAUGGACUGUGGUCCGGCAGGCAGUUCUGCAAGGUUGUUGACAACUACUGCAGCGCUGACCUUACCGUGGACAAUGGAACGGUGGAGUAUAGCAAUGGCUGCCGCAUAUUAAGUGAAGGAGUAGUAACCUGCAAUGACGGUUUCGAGCUCUCGUUGGGUGAACCCCACCAGUGCUUACAGCACAAUGCCACCCACGGGCAAUGGUACGGAACAAGGACAUGUAUAGAUGGCAGAAAAACAUCGCUCCGCCUCACAAGACACCUCCACCUCGGCAAGGUGUGGUUGGCAAUCAUAGCAGCUGCAGGGUCCAUGGCCGGCGUCGUGUUUUUCGUCUGCUUGAUCAUGCUAGUGCGCACCUACACGAGCGGCGGCACACGACGCAAGUCUGGCAAAGCCGAGUUACCGCUGGACCCUGACGACAUGGUGCCGUUCCCAGCAUCCACAUCCGGCAUCAGCAUCCAGCUAAGUCAGGUAGCACUCUCCCAGGUGCUGCAUGCAAAGGCAUAUGAAUGCGACGACCUUGGUCGCAAGAGCUCCAUUCCUGCGGUGGCAUCCGGCUUGAGUUACGGGCCGACUGCACCAGUGGCUUCCAGGGCAGAUUCAGUGAAGCAAAUCAGAGGCUGGUCUGUGUACUGGCCUGAUCCUACCUCGGUUCAAUAUGUCAACACAACUGGUCCUAAUGGGUACACUGCUAACAUGGACGCAUGCGCAGAUGCCAUCACAGGUGCUGCGCUUGCGCAGUCUCCGGAUGAGAAGCCGCCCAUCUCUAGUGGCUGUGCGGUCAACACUGGGGCACAAACUAGAGAAGUGAGUGGCGGCGGUAUGCGCGCUAUAUCAAUACCUGGCACAUCGUCGGGCCUGUGUAGACAGUGCACGGAGCCACGCGGAGAAGUGUAUGGCGGCACAGCGCACACACCAGAGGAUAAUUUCUCGCCUUUGCAGAGCCUUGAUGCCGAUGCGUACCUGAUGCCUGUGGACGCGGAAAUGAAAUCAGCCAAUGUAGCUCUAGAUCUGGAAAUGAAAUCAGCCAAUGCAGCUGACAGUGGCACGGAGAAAGGCAUUGCCAAUAGAAGCUAUUUGCCACCUCUGCACUUGUCCGAUAACUUGAAACAUGCAGCACCAGCCAAUAGCAUUCAAGCCACGUUCAAGGCACUGGUCAGAUCUGGUAAGAAUCCACUGCGGCAUGUCUUUCCAUCCGAGUUUGGCUUGAAGAGAGGUCAGAAGUGGACUCCUGCACCGCAAAAGAAUGGCGCUACUGUCGAUGGAGGAAGAGCAGGCCCGGGCCACCCGUGCAAUAACGGCGACGUGGAGAAGAAGAUACUCACUGUGACGCAGUCAGGCGACUCGUUUGAAGAAACUCAGGACACCUGUGCCCAGAUGCUAGAGUUCAGUCGCUGCAAUACAGCUGAGCAGAAGAACGCCAGAGGCGAUGGUUCAUCAGACGUGCGGAGCCAACAACUUCCAGCUGAAGUGUUCCAUCCGAAAUACGCCGUCUUAGAACAGGACCUUUGCCGCAACAUUGAUGGUAUAGUUGUGGACGCUAGGACCAGAUCAAGGACGGCCAGUGGCAGAUCACAUGGAGCGGUGCAGUUCCAAUCCACUGUCUUGCCACAAGUCCCAACAAUCCAGCACACGGCCGACCCAGACGUGAAUAUCUUAAAUGAACGAACUGAAGAUAUGAACACAGAAACCACAGACAAUGGAGCAUGCAUCUCACGAUGCCGGCCUACGGCACAAACUCAGUUUCAAACCAGUCAAGAUGAAAUGCUGCCAGUCGGUCAACUGCACAACUCCCCCUCUCAGUGCAGUAGUCUGUUUGACGACAGCGAUGCCCGUGACUCCAGCAAUGCAUGGGUUUGAGGAGUUGACCACCAGCCCUGGUCAUUCGGGUGCAGUGUUUUGAGCCGUCUCGAACGGCACAGUGCUGAUAAGUCGCUAGUGACCUGUCAUAGCUGGUAGUCUCAUAUGCCUUUGCGCCGUGGUGCAGACGUCAACAGCACCGUGCAGCAAUCGUACUGUCACCCUAGACAGGCUUACGUCAUAGCCUUAUGUCGCUGAAGGCCAUGGCAUGGGUUCCUUCAGCAUGCCGCAACAUCUGCAGUUCAAACUGCUCCACGGGUGCUGUAUAGACUGAUCAGCAGCGCAUUGACAGGCUGUGCGUGUCGACUAUGCAUGCAAAUGGGGGGAUAAUACAAGCUAGAGGUGCAGCAGUAAACUGUGAGCAGUGCAUUCAUGUUUGACCGCUGUUACCAGAUGCCUGCAAAGAGCAUUGUAUUAAUUAGCAGUAACGUUACCUGUUGCAGUAGGGCACGGGCACAAUUACGACUGGCAAAUGCAAUGCACUCAACAGCAGAGAUAUUUUUUUGUUUUUGUUGCAAUAGACAGGAAAGGAUCUAACACUUACAUGCCUGAAUGGUGUGAUCACCACCCCAACCCUCAUCUCUCUCACAAACUUCUUUUCACCAUGGCCCCGGCACCCAAAACAAGAUCUUGAACGUUUCAAUCCAGCUUCUGAAAUUAUCCUUACUACACAAAUACUGUCACUAGCGAAAACACCAACGAUCUUGCAGUAUACAUCUGGCACAACAGAAACAGUUCUUCAACAAACCCUAUUUCUUUCAAGCACCUAUUUGUUGAACAGUACUAUUUGUAUCAGCAGCUGCACAUCGUGACUAUUUUCAACGCACUUUUAAAUGAAACUCAUGCAUCAUCUUUCCAAUUCCCCUGGUCUCAUAUUCUUAUGCUGGUGCAUCAACGAAAAAUCACUUUCUCUCUGUCUCAGUCUGUCUGUCUCAGGCUCUCUGAAUUGAGGAUUUUGUCUCUUUUUCUGAUGAGAUAUUUCCUAUUGGUUCCUCUCUCUCUCUCUCUCUCUCUCUCUCUCUCUCUCUCUCUCUCUCUCUCUCUCUCUCUCUCUCUCUCUCUCUCUCUCUCUCUCUCCUCUCU